CGACAAGGAAGGAAGCGACCAAGCGCAACACAAGUCAUCUCUGUCAGGCCUCACAUCACACGGCCAGCACCAGGCCUGAGUUCUAGCACGCGAGCGAGCAGCCCGUUGCAAACCGCACGACAACAAUGCCCCGUGCGGUGUGCGUUGCAUGCGACCAACUUUCCCCUGACAGCGUGUUCUGCGGCUACUGUAAGGAGUUCUAUUGCACCACAUGUUUGGCCAACGACCAAGAUCCGCACGAUGCAGGCCAGCACAUGCCCGCCGUCGCCUUUCCUGUGCACUUGCCGACUUCCAACGCCGCCUUGCGAGAUGGUCGGCGCGCACGACAGCCACCACAGGCCAUCUCAUACCCAACGAACCAUUACAUGGACACGAGCACAAAGGACCUUGACACGCUUCCCGCGCCGCCUUUGGUUCGUCGACAAAAACGCCCUCCCCCGCUGCCGCGCCGGCGUAAAUACAGCCCGCUUGGUGUGUGGUAUGCGCCGUCCGUCAGCAAGAUGGAGGCCAGUGCCAUCCUUCGACACACGCCGCCAGGCCACUUUCUCGUGAGGAACGAUGAGCGUGUUCCCGGCGCGUUUGUGCUCUGUGUUGCCCUGGACCAGUCCACCGCGCACAUCCGCAUUCACACCAUGCGCCUUAAGUGUGUGCGCAAGACCGUGACGUUGUUUGUCGUUGCAAGUGACCUUGCGUUUGAGUCCCUGUCAGACUUGCUUCGCUUCUUCCAGCGCACACCUCUGCAUCGCAUCGACCCGACACUGCAGGGGGUGCAGCUCACGCAGGGCUGCGGCACAGCAGACUUUCAGGUGGAUGGCCUGCAGGCAUGCAUGACGCUGAACGCCGGUGUGAACGCAGAGCACUUGCCGGAGCGCCAUGUCUCUUUCUCGCUUCCGUCUGGCAGACAAGGUUGCACACUGUCCGAUGCCCCUGCAAAUAGCAGUUGUGAGGGCGACACGAUGACAGCGACCACAGCAAGUAUAUCCACCAGCAGUGGGGUUGGUGAGCGGGCUAGGGAACCAGCUGACGCAACAGCGAAACGGAAUCACGCAUUCAAUCGCGUGCACACACGUGGGAGUACAAGGAGCGACGAUGAGCGGGAUGAGGACGCGUGGGGUCGAGGUUGGCACCGGACUGCAACAGGGAGCUCCACGGACGCAUCGAUGGAGGACAGUGGGAACGACGCAGAGCUGCCAUUCAAGAUGCUCCACACGCACGCACACGCACAGCGUACAGCAGCGCACACGGACACGCAGCGCGGUGGUGGUGGCAGUGGCUUUGGCGUGUAUGGUGCACACAUCGUACAUGGUCAAUAUGGUGUGCAAGCAACGAGCGAGGCAGGGUGCGAGGGUGAAGUGGCGAACGGGCAUGAUGAUGAUGAUGAUGAGGAGGAGGAGGAUGACUUGUUAGCAGCGGCGUUUGGGAUUGGCGGCUUCAUGCCAGAGCAAGCGCAACAACUGCAACUGUGAGGAGGUUGUGUGUGUCUAUUUGUGUGUGUUGUGUGUGUGUGUGCAUUGUGUGUGUGUGUGUGUGUGCAUUGUGUGU